GGAGAAAAGAUAAGAAUAGAGUAUGAAAAGAAAGUUACACAGCUCAGACUUCACGAUGACAAAGGGGAGGAUCCUCAUCUGGUUGAUGCUACAAGGACUGCAAUAAAAAGCUUACAAACAAGAAUUAAGGUUGCAAUGCAAGUAGUUGAUUCAAUUUCCAGGAGAAUACAUAUGUUGAGGGAUGAAGAGUUGCAGCCACAAGUUGUAGAGUUAAUACAAGGGUUCAUGAGAAUGUGGAAGGUAAUGCUCGAAUGUCAUCAAAGACAAAAUAAGAUUAUUGCAGUAGCUAAAUCUCUAGGUCAUGUUGGUGCUAGUAAUGUAUCCGAUGAAAUGCAUCUAAAGGCAACUAUACACCUAGAAUUUGAACUUCAAAAUUGGCAUGCAUGUUUCAGCAAUUGGGUUAAAGCCCAGAGGGCUUAUGUUCAAGCUUUGAAUGGGUGGCUUUUGAAGUGCCUUCAUCAAGAGCCCGAGUUAACUUCUGAUGGACUUGCACCAUUCUCCCCUCGCAGGGUUGGUGCUCCCCCUGUGUUUGUCAUUUGCAAUGAUUGGUCUCAAGCAUUUAAUAAUAUACCAGAAAGUGAAGUUGUUAAUGCCAUAGAAAAAUUUGCAGCGGCUGUGAAACAAGUGUGGGAACAUCAGGAUGAGGAGCAGCGUCUGAAGAGUAAAGCUGAGUUUCUUGAAAAGGAUUUAGCUGGAAGGGCUCAUUUAGUGGAAAAAAUGGAAAGCAGAUUGCAUGAACCUCAAUCUUCGUCCGAUAAAAAACUUGAAUCAGAUAUAGGACAAGCUAGUGCUGGUUUGACUGAACAAAAAAAUUCUAUAGAUUCUUUUAGGAAACAAGUGGUGAGCUGCGUGGCUUUUGGGAGCUAUGUUAAAACAAAACAGAUUCAUGUAAAUGCAAAACCUCCUCCCCACAUGGAAUCUCUGGCUGCAGGAACAACAAAUGAUUAA